AUGUCCAACCGAUCUAUCGACGUCGAGGGCAGUCUGCCAAGCCACGGAAUUGCAAGCUCAACCCCUACGAAACAAUGCAAAGUCUGCAGUACUGCGGAUAACGGACGUUAUUGGAAGUGUCUCGUGUGCGGUAACCAAUACCAUCCUGCCUGUGUAGGUAUACCCUCCGACAACGAGAACCAGAGCUUUGUAUGCCCACCUUGCGUACCGCAUACCGGUGCACAGAGGCAGACGUACACCGUAGCCCCAUCUACAGCUCCUGUAAGUACGGUACCCCUCGAGUACGUGAACAUGUCUUGGUCACAAAUCUCUCCAGUAACAGCUGGACCAUCAGCCAUACCAAUGUAUAGACCCCCUGGUACAUAUCCUUACCCCUACGUUAUGCUGCCUAGAAAUCCGAUUGCCCCGCCAGUUUCAUGCGCUCCUCUCAGUUCAUCGAGUCAACCAGCUUUUUCGAGUCCGUUUCCAGUGAUGUCUAAUCUUGUUCAAGCGCUGCCACCAAAUCUCAAUCCUACGGAGGUUUUACAGGUAAACCAACAAGCUUCCUUGACAUCAAGUUUUAUACCACCAGCUGCCGUCGCAGUAGCUGAAACAUCUUCUGUAGGACCACAAGCGCUGCCGUCAUGUAGUGUCCCGAUGCCAUCGUUGGUACACCAACCGUCUUCGACAGCACCGCUGGGACCGCCUCCAUGCAAUCCACUAAACACAAAGGGUCAAGGUUUGGUGGACAACAAAAGUCAGUCUUCGAGGGUUGCAAGUUCGAAAACAUCUACAAGACACAAGCAAAUCCAGUUGGAACUACAAAGAUUGGAUGAAGAAAGGAAGCUUCAAGAAAAGGAAGAAGCCAGUAAACGAGAAUAUCUUCAAAAACGAUUCGAAUUGCUGAAGGAAAUCGCCAGCGAAACGUCGUCUACAUCCGACAUCGACAUAAGAGAAGAUACGGCCAGUGAGAAGGUUAACUCUUGGCUGCAACGCGAAGCUCCAAAUGAUCGUUUACCACCAUCAGAACUGCAGCAAAAUACGUUUCUUUUACGACCAGCGCCGGCCGUACCAGCUAACAUGGUCGAUCUUACGGUGCCCCAAGACUUUCGCAGCGGAAUAUCAGCUAAGAGACAGAGUGCUCAGGACAGCAGCAGAGCUCCAGCCAGAAGCAUACGAUUUGCAAACUCCAGUGUACAUAAUUUUGAUCCAAUGCAACGAUCAACUCCGCGGCGUCCUCAGAUGCAAUCUGGGUUUGAAUACAACCUAUCGCAGAGCCACGUUGCUGCUCGGCAGGCGGUUUCGCGCGAACUACCGAUCUUCAGUGGUUCUCCAGAAGAGUGGCCGUUAUUUUACUCAACGUUCAACUCCACAACGGAAAUAUGCGGUUACACACAGGAGGAAAACCUCUUAAGGCUCCAAAAAUGCCUCAAGGGAAAGGCCUUUGAAGCAGUGAAGUGCAGGCUAAUGCAUCCUUCCAAUGUCCAGGGAAUCAUUACUACACUGAAAAUGCUUUACGGAAAUCCAGAAGUCAUCGUUCACAAUUUGAUAGCGAAGAUCAGUGACACUCCGAGUCCGAAAGUGGAUAAGCUUGACAGUAUUGUCGAGUUCGCGCUGUCAGUGCAGAACCUUUGCGCUACAAUCGAGGCCUGUGAACUGCAAGAGUAUUCAUACAACGUUGUUCUUCUACGAGAGCUUGUAGAUAAGCUGCCGCCAGCAAUCAAACUGGAUUGGGCUAAGCAUCGUCGUUCUCUCGCGGUUGUCCAUCUUUCCUUGUUCGCUGAUUGGCUCUAUGACCUUGCUGAGACUGUCUGCCCAAUAGCGUCGCUCCAAAGUACUCGUACUCAGAAGAAGGGAUCAGCUUUUCUCAACGUGCAUAGUGAUGAACAGGUUGAACCUGACGCCGCGUCCACCAUGCCAAAAUCGUCAUCAUCAUUAUGUCCCGUAUGUGAAGGCAGUUGUCUAGAACUAACAAAGUGCCAGCGAUUCUUGGAUCUCACCUACAACUCCAGGUGGACGAUAAUUAAAGAGUAUGGUAUGUGUAGAAAAUGUUUGAAAAGGCAUAAGGGUGUCUGUAAACUGCAACAACUUUGUGGUCAAGACGGUUGUGCAUUCAAGCAUCAUCCACUGCUCCACAACACACAUCGUACCAGCGGAACAUCGGAGAAACCCCAAAAGUCUCCAUCAGGUACUCCCAUUACAGGCGAGACCACCUCGAAUGAAAGGAACUGCAAUGCCCAUCACAAAUCCUCUACCAAAACGCUAUUCCGGGUCGUACCAGUCGUGUUGUAUGGACGUGGUAAAAUCGUCAAAACUUACGCGUUUUUAGACGAUGGAUCUGCAUUCACCUUAAUGGAUGAGCAACUCGCUGAAGAACUGAACCUAAACGGUGAACUAGAGCCCAUAUGCUUAAGAUGGACUGGCGAUAAGCACCGACUUGAAAAUGAAUCUAAAAAGGUAGAACUCGAGAUCUCUGGUACAGCAGGAACUUCUAAAAAGUAUCAUCUGCGAGAAGUCCACACAGUUCCAAACCUCGGACUUUUCCGUCAAUCUCUUUGUAUGGAGGAUCUUGUUCAACAAUAUCAUCAUCUUCAAGGAGUUCCAGCUGAAUCGUAUGAAGAUGUUCAACCCAGACUUCUGAUAGGAAGUAAUAACACGCAUCUAGGUUACCCACAGAAGGGUCGGGAAGGAGGAAUGUUUGAGCCGGUUGCUACAAAAAGCCGUCUUGGAUGGAUUGUCCACGGUGGUGCAGAUGGUGGCGAAUUCAGUGGUUAUCAUGAAUGGAAUGCACAUAUGUGCUGUGAGAAUAUCGACAACAAUCUACAUCGUGCCAUGCAGGAGUAUUUCUCGCUUGAAAGCAUGGGUAUUUCCAAACCCGUGCAUCUAGUAGUGUCAGCUGAGGAUCAACGAGCACAAACAAUUUUGCAAACGAUGUACCGAACCGAGAGCGGUCGAUUCGUAACUCGUCUUCUAUGGAAAUUUGAAGAGUUCAGACUUCCAAACAGCAAACCGAUGGCUCUGCAGCGUUUUCGAUGUCUAGAAGCAAGAAUGAAACGGGAUCCAACGCUGGCUGAAGUGUUGCAUUCAAAGAUGGAAGACUACAGAAAGCAGGGCUACAUUCGGAAGCUAACACCAACGGAGCUGAUGCAACCAAAAUCACGGGUUUGGUAUCUUCCAAUAUUUCCUGUGUUCAAUGCAAACAAGCCUGGAAAAAUCCGUAUUGUGUGGGAUGCUGCAGCAAAGACUCAGGGCAUCUCUCUCAACAUGAUGCUCCUCAAGGGACCAGACCAACUAGUCUCAUUAAAUUCUGUCCUGUACUCGUUUCGGGAAAAGAAGGUGGCCAUCUGCGGAGACAUUCGAGAGAUGUUUCACCAAACACUCGUCGCUGAAGAAGAUCAAGAUUGCCAACGCUUUCUAUGGAGAGAACAUUCGACCGAUGCGGAACCCAGUACGUACGUGAUGCGGGUUAUGACAUUCGGAGCAUCUUGCUCACCAAGUUGUGCGCAGUAUGCGAAAAAUUUAAACGCAAAAGAGCAUGAACAGCAGUUUCCGGAGGCGGCUGAAGUGAUUAUCAAGAAGCAUUAUGUUGACGACAUGUUGGCUAGUGUCGAAACAGAAGCUGAAGCAGUAGAACUGGCAGAAGACAUCAGAUUCGUACACGCCCAAGCUGGAUACGAGAUGCGGAACUGGCUUUCCAACUCUGUGCCGGUCUUAAAAGCAUUGAACGCUACCAAAACCAGUGAGAUGAAUCUGAAUCUAGCAUCCGAAACAGUAACUGAGAAAAUAUUAGGCAUGUGGUGGUGUACCGCCACUGAUACAUUCACCUAUAAGUUAUCUUCGAAGCACGACAGUGAGUUACUUGCUGGGAUACGGAAACCGACGAAGAGGGAAAUGCUGCGUACGUUGAUGGCGAUCUUCGAUCCGUUGGGCCUUAUUUCCAACCUGUUAAUCUUCCUGAAGGUGUUGUUACAGGAGGUUUGGCGUGCAGGGGUAGAUUGGGAUGACGAGAUUCCGGAUUCGUUGAAUGAUAAAUGGGUACACUGGUUGCAAAUUCUUCCACAAGUGCAGUCUGUUCGCAUUCCACGCUGUUAUCGAGUUGCUACGAGUUUGGGAAAGAAUACUGUUAUCCAGCUACACACCUUUGUCGACGCGAGUGAGUAUGGAUACGCCGCUGUUACCUAUCUACGUUUUGAGGAAAAUGGUGUAGUAGAAUGUGCAAUUGUGUCAGCAAAAGCAAGGGUAGCACCUCUUAGAUUCAUCUCCAUCCCAAGACUGGAACUUCAGGCUGCAGUUGUCGGUGCAAGAUUAGCAGAAACUGUGGCCAAUUCGCUUUCGUUCAAAAUCGAUGAGCGUAUCUACUGGACAGAUUCCAGAGAUGUUUUGUGUUGGAUACGGUCAGAUCAUAGACGCUACUCACAAUUCGUGGCAUUCCGAGUGAGCGAACUGCUUGAAACAUCUACCAUUGCGAACUGGAGAUGGAUUGGUUCGAAAGAUAAUAUUGCUGACGAUGCGACCAAGUGGCAAAAACAUCCGGAUCUCGAAAGUAACAGCAGGUGGUUCAAAGGGCCACCGUUUCUUUGGAAAAGUUGUGAAAAAUGGCCAGAAGAACCCACAAACAACACUAAAACCACCACAAAAGAGGAGCUACGAGGACAUCUGUUCCAUCACGCAGCUUUACCUGUAACGGUCAUCGAUUUGAAAUACUUUAGUUCAUGGGAGCGGCUUCUGCGUACCACAGCAAGACUAUUUAGGUACAUGGAUAAUCUUCGUAAAGCCGUCGUGAAAGAAAAACGAAAAGAUGGUCCAUUGUCCAUGGACGAACUGCAGCGAGCUUCUGGUUACCUCUACAGACAAGUACAACAGGAGGCAUUUUCUGAGGAGAUCGGCGUACUUUCCGGCAAUGAAGAACAUAAACUGCCAAAAUCGAGUUCUCUAUACAACCUUUCCCCAUUUCUCGACGACCAUGGAAUAUUGAGAAUGCGAGGAAGGAUUGGCAAAUGUGAAUAUGCCGCAAUGGAUACCAGGAAUCCAGUCAUACUUCCUAAGGAUCAUUGCGUUACAAGGUUAAUCGUGCAAAACUACCAUGUAAAAUAUCACCAUUGUAAUCAUGAGACGGUUGUGAACGAGCUACGACAAGUAUAUCACAUCCCAAAGCUAAGAGUGAUAUGCAAAAGUAUUCGAACAAGUUGUCAACAGUGUAUAAACCAGCGUGCUGCGCCAGUCCCUCCGUUGAUGGGUGAUUUACCAGCGGCAAGGCUUGCAGCGUUCACGAGGCCAUUCUCGUUCAUCGGCGUGGACUAUUUUGGUCCUAUGUAUGUAACAGUUGGACGAAGGCUCGAAAAAAGGUGGGGCGUACUUAUAACCUGCCUAACAGUACGGGCAAUUCAUCUAGAAGUUGCACAUUCUCUUACCGCUGACUCGUGCAUCAUGGCGCUAAGAAACUUUAUGGCAAGACGGGGCGUACCGACUCGAAUCUUCAGCGACCGUGGUACUAAUUUCGUUGCGGCUAGUAAAGAGCUGGAAGCAGCAUUGAAGGAGAUGAAUCAAGAGCGUGUUAUACGAGAAAUUGUGAGUCCUCAUACCGAUUGGGAGUUCCUGCCACCUGCGUCUCCACAUAUGGGUGGUUGUUGGGAACGACUCGUCCGCUCGGUGAAAACGAGCCUACAGAAGAUGAAACCUCAACGUAAUCCGUCCGAUGAGUCCCUGCGCAACACACUAAUCGAAAUAGAAAAUACUGUGAACUCUAGACCGUUGACGUUUGUGCCUGUAGAUGACCCUGAUGCUCCAGUUCUAACCCCGAACCACUUUUUGUUGGGGUCCUCUAGCGGGUUGAAACCUGCAGCACCCCUAGACGAUAGUAGUCGUUCUCUGAGACGAGCAUGGCGAGCCUCACAAGCAGAGGCGAAUCUUUUUUGGCGAAGAUGGCUGCGCAAUUAUCUUCCGGAGCUGACCAAAAGAUCUAAGUGGUUCAAUAAGGUCGAACCGAUUAGUAUGAAUGAUGUUGUGGUGGUAGUAGAUCCUGGACUUCCUCGGAACUGCUGGCCUCUCGGGCGUGUCAUCGCUAUCAAAACGAGCAAGGAUAACCAAGUCAGAACAGCAACCGUUCAGACCAGCAGUGGAAUCUACGAGCGUCCGGCUACGAAGUUAGCAGUACUCGAUGUUCGACGCGAUGGAUCGGUAAGCCAGGAACCUGGCGUACCCGGGGGGGGCUGUUACGACCCCUCGGUCGGCGCAUCUCACAAUACAUCAGCGAACGUUAUGGUCAGCUGUGGUAAAUCGAAACUUCAACAGCUUGGGGAACAAUGUCAAGAUACUUCACUGACGUUCGUCGAAAGCCACGAACAAUAG